UCCUUAUAUGGUCUUCCUCCGACAAACCCCUUUACUCAAUGUUUGUACGCAGGCCCCGCCCCCACCAUUCAUCUGUGAGUGUGUGUGUGUGGCCGUAGUAAGGCAUGCGCAGUACAGACGAGUAAAACGGACGGAAUUCAAAGUUUCUGACGAGCCCGUCAAGAUGUUCGGCUUCCAUAAAUCCAAGAUUUACCGCAGCAACGAAGGCUGUUGUAUUUGCAAAACCAAGUCGUCCAGUUCUCGGUUCACGGACAGCAGCAGAUAUGAGGAAAACUUCAGACUCUGCUUCGGUCUGUCAGAGGAUCGGGUUGGAGACAUCUGCAAUGCUUGUGUGCUGCUGGUGAAACGCUGGAAGAAAUUACCACAUGGAUCAAAGAAAAACUGGAACCAUGUGGUGGAUGCAAGGGCAGGACCUGGCUUCAAGCUGACCAAACCCAAGAAAGUAAAAAAUAUUGAUGGAAAGAAGAAAAGUAAACUGAAAAAGCUUCAUAAAUUCAAAAGACAAAAUUCAGAUGCCCACAGCACCACUUCCAGUGUGUCUCCCUCUCAGUCUCCCAGCCACAGUAAUCAGUCGGAUGAUGGGUCAGACAUUGAGACCAAGCAGAGGCGUCCAAACCCAUUGGGGUUCUCCUUUCUCGACCUGUCCUACUGGAAGAGGCAAAAGGUGUGUUGUGGGAUCGUCUACAAGGGGCGUUUCGGUGAGGUGAUCAUCGAUCCUCGUCUCUUCAAACCCUGCUGUAACAAGAAGCGUCCAGCUCUGGCAUCCUCGUCAGACUCUCAGAUCUCACAAACACAUCCUUCCCCUCUUCCAGAGGACAUAAAGGAGGCAUGGUGAUCCAACAAAAACACCCUCCAAACUGUCUCGUUGAGGCCCUCAUAUAGCUUUGUCUCCAGUGGUAGACUCUGAAAUCUUCCCUUUGUUAGAUUACUGUGUAUGAGUUGAGUUUUCCCCUUGCUUUUGUAUUUUUUAUGACUCUUUUGUAAAAUGUAAUUUUUGUACCCUUUUUUUUAUAUAACAGAAAAGGAGGAAAAAAUUGGGCAUUAGGACAUAUUUAUAGGUCUGAGUUAGAAAACUUAAUGUAAUCCAUUUUUUAUUAUUACUGUAAUUUUUUUUUGGAGUUACCAGUGUUUUGUAAAUAUAAUCUUAUUUUCCAUACCAGUGCACCAAAAGACUUCUAUUUGGCAUUUAGUUUGACGGGUUACAGAUGAAUAAUGUAAAGUGCUGUAUCUAACAUUAUAGCCAAGGCAUUAAUGAGAUGGGUGUACUUUUAAGCAAAUACAAUAUUUUACUCAGCCUUGCAGUCUUUUGCUCUGAUUCAAGUU